AUUUUAUCUGAGUGUCGUCCCUCAAAAGUUGAAUCUGGAGCGCGAGCCAGGCUUUUUCAUUUCGGUAUUUUUGCCGCUCUGCACGUUUUCACCCGUUUCUCGAAACAGAAUUGAAAACCCUAACCCUUUUUCGCAUCCCGCGCUAUUUCCUCUCGCAGAUCUCACUCGACAGAAACACCCCUGAUUUGUUUUCUUGAAUCUCAGAUCCGCAACUUUCCGAAUUCGAUUCGGAAACGCUUUGGAUCUCCGAGCUCCUCUUUCUUCUAUCGGAUUUGGAUUUGGAUUUGGAUUUCGUAAGAGAAGGAUUAAAAACUGUUUUUGAAUUCUGGGGGAAAAACUGUGGUUCGUGAUCCGAGCUCCGGUAAUUAGGAUUCGUUUUUGGAAUUAGAAUUCUGAUUGAAUGCCGUCUCCGUAUCACAGUGCUUGUUAUUGGAAAUUUAUUGAAUUUCGAUUCGUGAGUGGAGUUGUAGUUGGAUGGGUGAAGAGGCAAUUUGUGUGGGGAAAUUGAGAGAUGGGGAAGUGGAAACAGAAAACUCCCCGAGAGCUGAAUUGAAGCGAGAGCACGAGUGUCUCGGAGAUGAUAGCGCGGCAGAUUCGUUUCCAAACAAGAAGCAAGUGAAGGAGCAUUCCAAUGAGGAUAUACGUUCGGAAGUAUCAAACCCCGUUGUGUCUCCGAAAGAGAAUGGCUCCACUUUUCAGGACAUUACUAGCCAACCUGCUGAAUUGGUAAAUAAUAACCGAACAGAGUGCGCUGAAGUUGAGUCCUCAUGUUCGGGGAAUCCAGGCUCUGAGGAGACCUUGAGCGAUGGACAGUGUACCGUGAAUGAUAAUUGCCAAAUUGAGAAUGAGACGAAUGGUGAUGUAUUGACCUCUCGGGUUGUGGUUGAAAUUCCUAAGCUUGCCAGUUCAUCUGGGAUUCGCAAGAUUACGUUCAAAUUCAGCAAGAAAAAGGAGGAUUGUGACUCUUCACAUGGAAAUGCUUAUGAGGAGUCCGGAAUGGACUUUCAGGCAACGGCUAGUACAAGUAGGGAGUUUCCAGCAAGUUCAUAUUGGAGGCAGUGUGCUGAAUCCGGUAACUUUCAUCCUUGUGCUUCUAAUUGGGAGUUGGAAGGUUCUACUAAUGUAGUUCCGAGCAGCUAUCCUUCAAAUGUUAAAAAGCUAUUGUCCACUGGUAUUCUUGAUGGGGCUCGAGUGAAGUAUGUUUCCUCCCCGCCAAAGAUAGAGCUACAUGGAAUUAUAAGUGGCGGUGGUUAUUUGUGCGGCUGCUUAUCAUGCAAUUUCACCAGGGUACUCAGUGCAUAUGAGUUUGAGCAGCAUGCUGGUGUCAAGACUCGGCAUCCUAAUAAUCACAUAUACAUGGAGAAUGGGAGGCCAGUUUAUAGCAUCAUACAAGAACUGAAGACUGCUCCUCUAAGCAGUCUGGAUGAAGUGAUAAAGGAUAUUGCUGGUUCUGCUCUCAACGAAGAGUCCUUCCGGAUUUGGAAAGCAACUCUUUAUUGUAUUGAUGGAAUGGCUGAAGUGGAGAAAAGACAUCGUGUGAAGCUCCCUAAAUUGCCUCAUCCAGUUCCCAGACCAAGCUUCCAUGCAACUAUGAACCAGAAGAAAACUGCUGAAGGUGGCAAUAGGAGAAGGGAUAAUGAUCUUCACCGGUUACUAUUUAUGCCAAAUGGACUUCCAGAUGGAGCUAAAUUGGCAUACUAUGUCAAAGGGCAGAGAUUGCUUGGUGGCUAUAAGCAAGGAAAUGGGAUAGUCUGUAAUUGCUGUGACAAAGAGAUAAGCCCUUCACAGUUUGAAGCUCAUGCUGGAAUGGCUGCAAGGCGUCAACCCUACCGUCACAUCUAUACUUCCAAUGGAUUGACACUUCACGAUAUAGCCAUGUCAUUGGCCAAUGGGCAAAACCUGACAAUUGGUGGCAGUGAUGGAAAUGAUGAUAUGUGUGCUGUGUGUGGACAUGAUACAGGGGAUUUGAUUUUCUGUGAUGGAUGCCCUCGUGCUUAUCAUUCAGCUUGUUUGGAUUUACCAUUGGUUCCUCAAGGUGAUUGGCAUUGUCCAGAUUGUAGAGAUAAGUUUGAACCUGGUAAAAAGGCUGCUGCUGGGGAAUCUUCAAAUAUUGGAAGACCUAUUGUAAUACGUUUGACACGGGUCUUCAAUGCACCUGAGUAUGAAAUUGGUGGCUGCGUUGUUUGCAGGAGCCAAGAUUUCAGUGCAGCUUUGUUUGAUGAACGAACGGUUAUAAUCUGUGACCAGUGUGAGAAGGAGUUCCAUGUGGGUUGCUUACGGGACAGUGGAUUAUGUGACUUAAAAGAACUCCCCAAAGAUAAAUGGUUUUGUUGUGAUGACUGUAAUAGGAUUCAUUCAGCUUUACAGAAUUUAGUAUUCAAUGGAGCAGAGCGUGUUCCAGCUCCAUUAUCAGAUACAAUAAUCCGGAAGCAUGCAGAUAGAGGUUUGCUUAUUGAUGGAGUGGCAGAUGUUCAAUGGCGAGUUUUCAGUGGAAAGAGUCGCUAUCCGGAACACCUACCCUUCCUUUCAAGGGCUGCUGCUAUUUUUCGAGAGUGCUUUGACCCUAUUGUUGCACAGUCUGGUCGCGACUUGAUCCCUGUUAUGGUAUAUGGGAGAAAUAUUUCAGGUCAAGAGUUUGGAGGCAUGUACUGUGUUGUUUUGAUAGUGGGGUCUGUUGUUAUAUCUGCUGGUCUCCUUAGGGUUUUUGGUCGGGAGGUUGCUGAGCUUCCGAUCGUUGCUACUAGUAGAGAACAUCAAGGAAAAGGUUACUUCCAAGCACUAUUUUCAUGUAUAGAGAGGUUACUUAUUUCCCUGAAAGUGGAAAAACUGGUUCUCCCCGCGGCUGAGGAAGCCGAGUCAAUCUGGACGAGGAAGUUAGGAUUUAGAAAGAUGAGAGAUGAGCAAUUAUCGAAAUACAUGAGAGAUGUGCAGUUGACAAUUUUCCGAGGGUCAAUGCUAGAGAAGGCAGUGAAGUUGACGGAUUGAAAACUUGCCAAUCUCCCGAAGUUCCGCACGGCAAAAUUAGAUGUAGAAAGUGUUUUAUUUGUGUUGUUUUUUUUUUCUCAUAUCUUUUCAGUUAGCGCUUGACGCCUCCUGUAAUAUAGCUGCUAUUUUUAGUUACGCUGGUGAUUCGCCUCUCCAAUAAGCAUCAGUUUGAGGAUUUUAGAGAGUAAAAGAGGAAGAGGAGUAGGAACAAUGUAUGUAAAAAGAGAAGAAAAGAAAUUGCAUGCUGACCUUUUAUCCUGCAUGCAUGCGAUGCCACAUUUGUUUUUGUUACUGUAUGA